UGACUGCACAAGUGGGGGGUUCUUCUCCAGCGCAUCAGGACGGCACAAAGCCGAGCAGCCCUCAGUCGCACAUAGACUCGACUGGAAACAAGGACUUCAAUUGUCUUAUCGCAUCUUCUUUUUUAGGGGAAUAUUCUAGACUUUUAUUAUCCAGCCUUAUUGUUGAAAGUGUUGAUUUGUAGUAAAUUUUGCUUUUAACACAUUCCGAAAUUGAAUUCCUGAGAAGUCAGAAUGCUGGACCCACUGGCAGAGUUGAGAAGAACCGGAGGAUUUAGGCAAUGUGGUGGCCGGUUGUCCUGGCAGAUACGUUGGGUCUUGUACAGCGUGUGCGUACUGGCGGUAAUAAACUGUGCCGGCCUGGUGCUGCUCCUGGUUCAGCAGAGAGAGUUGUGGGCUCAUCUGACAGAGCUUGAGAGGCAGAUGGUGGAGAUAUCUCAGAGCUCUGUGGUGGAGUUCAUGACACAGGUGAAUGAAGAUGAGGCAGAGUAUCAAUACUCCAGAAACAAACGCAGACGGCAGCAUCGAGGGACACGACCCUUAGAGGAGCAUGAGGGGAGUGUGGGAGAGGAAGUCUUGGGAGAUUUCCAGUAUCAUUAUCAGCAGACGCAUGGGCCGGUUUACCAGCACAAAACAGAAGAGCAGGAUGGAAUGAUGAUGAUGAUGACUUACUCCAUGGUCCCAGUAAAGAUUCUGCUGGACAUUUGCAACAGUUCUAAAGGAGUCUGUCUGACUGGGCCACCAGGACCACCAGGAAUUCCAGGCUUGCCGGGUGAGGACGGAAUGCCGGGGUAUAAUGGAACAGAUGGAAUUCCAGGGUUGCCAGGAGAGCCUGGAGCACAUGGAAAACGAGGAAAAAGAGGUCCUCCUGGUGAGAACGGUGAGUCUGGUGAGAAAGGAGAGCAAGGAAAUCCUGGACCCCCAGGACCUCCUGGAGAACCGGGUGAACCUUCAAAUGAUGUCAUUGUAGAGGGUCCACCUGGUCCAAUGGGUCCAUCUGGUCCAAUGGGACCCCCUGGCCUCCCAGGUCCUCCAGGUCCCCCUGGGCCUCAAGGGCCACCAAGACACAGGAGCCACCGAGCACAUCUUCACAUGGGGAAGGAAUCUGUGGGUCACCUUAAUUCAGUCCCAAAUGAUGAUACCAUCAGCCAGAAAAUGGCAUCAUGGAAGAUAAAUGACUGUGUUAUAAAGGCAGUGCAGAACCCUAGACAUCUAAUGAAAAUGAGCAGCACGUUUGGAGCGUGGAUGAUGGACACUGCCGCUCAUGACGAUGAGAAGAUUUGGGUAGCAGAACAUUUCUCAGGUCGUAUCAUAAAGCAGUACAACAGUAUUGCAGCGUUCCAGAACAGCAGCAGUGAAUCCAUUGAUGUCCGGAAGUUUUUCCAAGGUUGUGGCCACGCUGUACAUAACGGUUCCAUAUUCUACCACAUCGCUGGAACGUCCAAUAUUGCUAAGUUUGACCUCCAGACCAAGAUCUUACACAUGCUGGGCAUUGACAACGCCCUCUAUCACAAUCUGUCCUACCUCCUUCAAAACUCAAAGACGUACUUCAAAUUGGCAGUGGACGAGAACGGUAUGUGGAUCAUAUUUGCCUCCAACAUUGACGACAACAUCAUGGUGGCGCGACUGGAUGAGAAAACGUUUUCCGUCACCACCUACAUCAACGCCACCUAUCCCAGGACCAAGGCCGGUAAUGCGUUUAUCGCCUGCGGGAUCCUCUACGUCACGGAUACUAAAGACACAAAGGUGACGUAUGCCUUUGACCUCCUGAAAGAGAAACCUGUUGGAGUCAGUUUGGAUCUGAGGGCACCUGGAGGGCUUUUGUCCAUGAUCUCCUACAAUCCCAGAGACAAACAUCUCUACAUAUGGGACAGCAGCUACGUCAAAUCAUACCAAGUUCAGUUCCUCUCAGAUGAGUAAUCAGAACUGAGGGUGUGUUCACACUUGGCAGGUUUGGUUUGAUUAAAACCCUGACAGCAACAUAGUGUCAGCCUAGAUCCGGCCCGCAUCUGGUCCGUGUGAAAUCCACAUGUACCAGAUAUGGGCCGGAUCUGGGCCACACUAUGUUUCUGUCUGGGAACAAACUCAAAUGGUGUGAUUGUUCUGUUAGUGCGGUUCAUUUUAAUAAGUGUGAACGCCAAACCCUAUUGCGCACCAAACAAGCAGACCAUGACCCCUGAAAAGUGGGGUUCAAUCCACUUCCAAACGAACUCUGGUUCGACUGAAAUAUGAACGCAACAUGGACCAAAGACAUAAAUGAACAGAAUGAAACAGAAGGACAGAAUGCUCAAGGGUACAUGUUUUUUUCUCAUCAUAGUUGUCCCAUUACAGUUCGCUGUAGGUGUCAGAACCGCUGGCUCCUUGGAACAGAUCUUCGUUUGUGUGUAACGGAGGAAUUCCUGGUGCUGUUUUGACUCUUUUACAUGUUUCAUAAGCAGUUCUCAGCUGGUAAAAUACCAUCAUAUUUAUGCAUAUACUGUACAACAAACGCAUUUAGCCCAUCACACAGUUUUGGAUGUUUGGUAAGUCAGAAAAUGUACAUCAUAAAGGAACCAAGAGAACUAAACUAUAAGUGUGAACACACCCAUAAUUGGAAUGCUUUGUGUUUUUUGUUUUGUUUUGUCAUGUUCAUGUAUAUUUAUAAGCAAAUAAUAACUAAUGCUUCAGUUGUUACCCAUACCAUUUUAGUGAUACCGGUAAGAUGUUCAUGUAAAGUAAUAUGGACACUUAAGCCAUGCUUAAAUCUCAAUAUCACUGCAUUAGAAAUAUCAAACCUGCAAACAAUUUUGUAACGAGAGCUUGCUUUUCUUUCUUUAAAAUAAAUGCCACUUGGUUUGAUAACUGUUACCUAAUGUAAUGAUAUUCAGGCAUUUUUUAACAUGACUUGAGUAUUCAAAAACAUUUUGGGGCUAUAUUUAAGUAAUAUUUGGUAUAAUGUUUCACUUUUAAAUGUUGGAUUUUCCUUCUUUUUGGCUUAUAUGCAUUUCAUUCUCUUGUUAAAUGAAUGAGGCCAAAUGUGUGUAUAAUAAAUGGAAUCUCUAUGUGCGUCCUA